ACAGCCGUUCCCCCCUAAUUUUGACCUAAAAAUUUUAAUCAAAUCAAAAAAUAUAUACAUACACAAUAUCUGUAUCUAUAUUUCUCUCUCUCUCUCAAACCCUAUCAAAAUUUCUACUAAUCUUCAAAUUUACCGAUCAUAUAUUUCUAAACAAAGCAUCGUUGAACGCGUUGUUUGACUAAAUUAUUUACCUAGGGUUUGACCAUAGAUUAUGAUUAUAGAUACAGGAAUCUGUAUGCAUAUGUUUUCUCAUGUUAAUUUUAUGGAUAAAGAAUGUCGGAGCUCGGUUGUUGAGUUUUUCGCCGUGUAAUUGGUAAAUAGAGGUGGUGGUAGGUCGCCGGCGAAGAGACGAUCGGAACUUAUUUUUGUAGUUAGGUUAAUUUAACGUGUAGCGGCGGCGCGUAGAGAUGGCUGAUGGUAGUGGCGGUUUGAGUGCUAAUAAGGUUACUGGACAAGAAGAAGAAGGAAAUACUGCUCCUUUUCCUGAUAAGGUUCAAGUAGGUGGAUCACCACAGUAUAAGGUUGAGAGAAAGCUAGGAAAAGGUGGGUUUGGUCAAGUAUUUGUAGGUCGUCGUGUUUCUGGUGGAACUGAACGAAUAUCUGGUCCUGGGGCUACAGAGGUAGCUCUUAAGUUUGAGCACAGAAAUAGCAAAGGCUGCAGCUAUGGUCCUCCGUACGAGUGGCAAGUUUACAACACUCUGGGUGGUAGUCAUGGUGUGCCUAAAGUACAUUAUAAAGGAAAGCAAGGAGAGUAUUAUGUAAUGGUCAUGGACAUGCUCGGACCCAGUUUAUGGGAUGUAUGGAAUUCUUCAGGGCAAUCGAUGUCAUCUGAAAUGGUAUCUUGUAUAGCUGUCGAGGCUUUAUCAAUUUUGGACAAAAUGCAUGCAAGAGGUUACGUGCAUGGAGAUGUAAAGCCAGAGAACUUUUUACUUGGCCAGCCAUCAACAUCUCAAGAGAAGAAGUUAUUUCUUGUUGAUCUGGGGUUGGCAACGAAGUGGCGAGAGACGGCUAGUGGUCAACAUGUUGAUUAUGAUCAGCGCCCUGACAUGUUCAGAGGAACGGUUAGAUAUGCUAGUGUUCAUGCACAUUUGGGAAGGACUGCUAGUAGAAGAGACGAUUUGGAAUCUCUUGCUUACACGCUCAUUUUCCUUCACCGUGGCAGGUUGCCUUGGCAAGGGUAUCAGGGUGACAAUAAAUCAUUUCUAGUCUGCAAGAAGAAAAUGGCCACAUCUCCAGAAAUGUUGUGCUGCUUCUGCCCUGCACCUGUAAGGCAAUUUCUGGAGAUAGUCGUAAAUAUGAAGUUCGACGAGGAGCCAAACUAUUCCAAGCUAAUUUCUUUGUUUGAGGGUCUGCUAGGUCCCAAUCCUGCCAUAAGGCCAAUAAACACAGAUGGUGCUCAAAAGAUUAUAUUUCAAGUUGGUCAAAAACGGGGAAGAUUGAACCUUGACGAGGAAGAUGAAGGACAGCCUACAAAGAAAAUCCGCAUGGGAGUUCCUGCAACUCAGUGGGUUUCAAUUUACAAUGCCAGGCAACCAAUGAAACAGAGGUAUCAUUACAAUGUUGCGGAUGCAAGAUUGAGCCAACAUGUUGAGAGAGGAAAUGCUGAUGGUUUACUUAUAAGUUCUGUGGCAUCGUGCUCCAACUUGUGGGCUCUAAUAAUGGAUGCUGGGACCGGAUUCACAAGUCAAGUUUAUGAGCUGUCUCCCUUCUUCUUGCACAAGGAAUGGAUUAUGGAACAGUGGGAGAAGAACUAUUAUAUCAGUUCCAUUGCUGGUGCCAACAAUGGCAGCUCUCUUGUGGUGAUGUCGAAAGGGACCCAGUAUUCUCAACAAUCUUACAAAGUAAGCGAUUCAUUCCCUUUUAAGUGGAUAAAUAAAAAAUGGAGAGAAGGGUUCCACGUGACCUCCAUGGCAACCGCUGGUACCCGAUGGGGUAUUGUCAUGUCUCGAAAUGCUGGCUUCAGUGAUCAGGUGGUGGAGCUUGAUUUCCUUUAUCCAAGUGAGGGCAUCCACAGAAGGUGGGAUAAUGGCUAUCGCAUCACAUCGACAGCUGCUACGUGGGAUCAAACGGCACUUAUCUUGAGUGUGCCACGCCGCAAGCCUGGUGAUGAAACACAGGAAACUUUACGCACAUCACAGUUUCCAAGCACUCAUGUUAAGGAGAAAUGGGCAAAGAAUCUAUAUCUUGCUUGCAUUUGCUAUGGAAGAACUGUGUCAUGAUAACCAUGGUGUGUAAACAUUCAAGUCCCUGAGAAAUUUUGGGUCAAGGACCUUCCAGGGACUGGUCACAACUGAAACCAGUCUUGGAUUGGUUCAUGUUGGGCUAGCCGGGAGUCGUUAAAAGGUUGGUCCUGAUAAUUGUAUCUAUACUUAUAGAAUUUGAGGUUAAUGAGUCCUCUAAGCUCAUGAUGUAGACAUGUGCCUAUGCUUGAAGGAUUAUUAUGACUAGUUAGACUUCAGUCUGCAUUUUCAAUGGUUCUUUAAAUGUGAAAAGGGUGUGUUCCAAAAACACUUUGUUGAACUUCCGUUCAAUAGUAGUGUGGUGUUGUAGUAGAAUUAACUUACAUUUAUAAGUUUUGGUUUCAAUUUGCAAAA